UCAGAGGUUCAUUGUGGAUUUCACUCUGACAAUCAGUCAAGUCACAGGGCGCAAGAUGACAACAUACACAGACAAAGGCGAAAAGCAUGAGCAGGGCAGGUUCCUCUGCUUUGAUCACUUAACAUUCUGGGUUGGAAAUGCAAAACAGGCUGCAUCGUAUUACUGCAACAAGCUGGGGUUUGAACCUUUGGCUUACCAGGGUCUGGAGACAGGCAGCCGUGAAGUGGUGUCCCAUGCAGUCAAACAAGGAAAGAUCAUUUAUGUGUUCUCAUCUGCCCUCAAUCCUGGAAACAAAGAGAUGGGAGAUCAUUUGGUGAAGCAUGGCGAUGGAGUGAAGGAUGUUGCAUUUACAGUGGAGGACUGUGACCUCCUCGUGCAGAAAGCCCGUGAGCGAGGUGCAGUUAUUGUAAAAGAGCCUCGCACUCUGGAGGACAAGUACGGUAAAGUCAGGCUGGCCGUGCUUCAAACGUACGGUGACACCACACACACAUUUGUGGAGAGGACAGGAUACAGUGGGUUGUUUCUGCCGGGAUUCCAACCCUCUCUGUUCAAGGACCCUUUAUUAGCCAAACUGCCAAGUGGAAAACUGAACUUUAUUGAUCACGUUGUGGGAAACCAACCAGACGAUGAGAUGGUUCCAGUAGUGGAAUGGUAUCAGAGGAACCUUCUUUUUCACCGCUUCUGGUCAGUGGAUGACAAGCAGCUUCAGACAGAGUUUAGUGCCCUGCGCUCCAUCGUAGUGGCAAACUACGAGGAGACUGUGAAGAUGCCCAUCAACGAGCCUGCCAUGGGGAACAGAAAGUCUCAGAUCCAGGAGUACGUGGAGUACUAUGGAGGUCCAGGAGUGCAACAUAUAGCCAUGAACACAUCAGAUAUCAUCACUGCGAUUCGUAACCUAAAGGAGCGUGGGAUGGAGUUCAUGUCUGUGCCGGACACCUACUACGACCAGCUCAGGGAGAGGUUGAAAGAGUCAAAGGUCAAAAUCACAGAGGACCUGAAUGUCCUGCAGGAGCUGAAGAUCCUGGUGGACUACGACGACAAUGGCUAUUUACUUCAAAUCUUCACCAAGCCAGUUCAGGAUCGCCCCACGGUGUUCUUGGAAGUCAUUCAGAGAAACAACCACCAGGGCUUUGGCGCAGGAAACUUCAAAUCUCUUUUUGAGGCCAUUGAAGGCGAUCAACACGCCAGAGGAAAUCUGACUAUCCUUACACCAAAUGGAGUUUCCAAGAACAUGUGAAGCCAACGUUAUAUUCACGUUUUACC